AUGAAGAUGAACUCGGAUUCCUUGAAAAAGUUCUCAAAGAUUGCAUAUAAGUGCUUGAAGAAUGAUCGGAAACAACGACCCUCAAUGGGUUUGGUGGUAGAGAAACUUGAGAAAGCUUUGGAAUUGCAAGAACGUGCGGAAACAUGGGCACCAAAUGUACGUUCAAUGUUUUUGAAGUUCAUGCAAUUCCUUGAUGUCCAUAAGUGCAGAUUACAAAUGCACUUCUCUUGGAUGGUUAGGAACUUGCAUACACUUGUGGAAAUGUCGGCACGAAAUGCUAACAAGAGGUGGAUUGUGAUCUUGAUACUUUUGCUGAUAAUGAUAAAAAAACAAGGGUUUUGUUCAGAUUUCGGAUAUUCGGAUUUCAUGUUAGGUUGGAUAUUUAUAGAUAUAUCUGAUUUUGUAACAAACCUUAAAAAAUAUAUAAUUGUCGGACGCUACUUGUAUGUAAAGUGUGUCAAUGGACACUCCUUGUUUUGUAAUUUUUGUUAG